CACGGAGACAUUUAAGAGGACACUUCAGCCCAGAGUCCAGACAGACGGCAAACUUUGGAGGGAUUUUAGGAUCUUCUUCUUCUCCAGUGGACUGAAGGAUGAUUCCACGCGCCUUCCCCGGAUAAAGGGAGGGACAGCCGCCUUUGGACACGGUGAUGUUCGUGCGCCAUGUGUGUGGCGUCUCCAAACACCUUCCAGACCGGAUUUAAACGUCACUCAUCUUGAAGAAGUCCACAAGUCAUUGAAGAUGAGAGCUGUGCAAACAUUCCUGCUUCUUUUCCUCCUGCACCAGGUCACGUGCAGGAAACCACACGGAGCAGCUACGGAACUCAUCGAAUGGGGGGAAAGUGAUAACGAACAGAAGCUCUCUCCCACGGGAGCAAGUCCACGGAUUCUCAACCCUCUGCGCUUGUUUGCGAAGGGCUCCCCCGGGUUCAAGAGCAACAUGAGGGAAAUGGCAUAUUUACAGAACAUGGAGGACUUUUGGGACUGGUUAUCCAACCAGACAGAUGUUCAGGGUGCACAAGCCAGAACUAAACGCAGGCCCAUCGUCAAGACCGGCAAGUUCAAAAAGAUGUUCGGGUGGGGGGACUUCCAUUCCAACAUCAAGACUGUCAAACUCAACCUCCUGAUCACAGGGAAAAUCGUGGACCACGGAAACGGAACGUUCAGCGUUUACUUCCGUCACAAUUCCACGGGCCUGGGCAACGUGUCGGUCAGCCUGGUGCCGCCGUCCAAGGUGGUGGAGUUUGAGAUGGCCCAGCAGUCCACGCUGGAGACCAAAGACACCAAAUCGUUCAACUGUCGCAUCGAGUACGAGAAGACGGACCGAAACAAGAAGACGGCCCUGUGCAGCUUCGAUCCGUCCAAGGUGUGUUACCAGGAGCAGACGCAGAGCCACGUGUCCUGGCUCUGCUCCAAACCCUUCAAAGUCAUCUGCAUCUACAUCGCCUUUUACAGCGUGGACUAUAAACUGGUGCAGAAGGUUUGCCCCGACUACAACUACCACAGUGACACACCCUACUCCUCCACCGGGUGACUCGGCCGUCGCUAGCCACCGUCAACCUUUUGUUUUCUUUUCAAACAGAGCGUAAACGUCAACCUCUAAGCCCCCGGUCCCUAAAUACCUAAAGAACCAGACGCCGGGAUGAAAAAUACGAGGGAUUCUGUGCGUCGUCAGAAAACUUCUCCUGCAGACAAGUGUACAGCGACGGUUCGGUGUCCAGGGACUCGGUUUUAGGGGUUGACUUGGGAUUCAGAGCUGGCUACCAACCCUGGGUGACUCCUCCCCCCUCACCACAGCACAUGUUCCCUGUAAACCACUGGUAAUUAGUAUGUUGUCCAGAUGUUUCCUUCAAGGCUAGACCAUAGGCGGUUGGCGGUGCGUAGCUGCACUCGUGUUCCAGCGCCGCAUCGAUCCCAACGCUGUCGACGCUUCCCUCACCUCAGUAACACGCGCUCUUAUGGGACGAGAUAAGAAAAGCCUUUGAAUCCUGAUAAUAAUUACAAUAUGAAGACAUUUGAAUAUUUGAUCCGCGGGGCAGAAAAUGAGCUCGUUCCCAUUUGUAUCAUCGCUACACUUUGACAGAUGAGUGGGAAUUAUCUCGGAGCUAACGCUAACGUCCAUUUGUACUUGUUACCAGAACACAGGCAGGACAGUGUCUAUUAUUUCAAAUUAGUUUGAUCAAUAGGUGUUUUUUUCAAACGGCUCUGAAUAAUUAAUAAGGCCUUACAAUCUGUCCUUUAUCUGGUUUAUAUUUCUCUUUUCAGGCCUACAGCUCUGGAAUAAAUUGAAUUGAUUGACUGAAACUAAUAUUAAGUGGCCAUGACAAAAUAAAUUGCUGAAACCGAUCUAAUCCAGCAGUC